CAUUAAAAAAAAAAAAGCAGCCGUCGUCGGGCACGCGCACGGGAGGGAGCCUGUAGGUAGGGGAUGUCUGAUUCCUGUCUUUUAUGCAACAAGCUUUGCGAUCAUUGUAGGAGGCGGAGUUGGAAGUGCAUUAUUUUCCAGCCUGUUAUGCCUGCCGUGCUUUCCCGGAGCUGUCCAUUGUCCUGACUCUGUGUGAUUACAAAGAAAAUAAUGCAGUCAUCUACAAGAGAUCGCUAUAAAGAACUUAGUCCAGCCCUGACUCCAGAUGCCAAUGUUGUUAUGAGCUUUAGCUUCGACAGUUACCAGCUUGAAGAAGAAGAACUACAGACAACUGGAAGCAGCCAAACACAGGGAGUCCUUACCUUAAUGGAGCCAGAUACAAAUCCAGAGCCUAUGGACCGAUAUCAUGGAAUAUACUUUGCUAUGUUGCUUGCUGGGGUUGGCUUCCUCCUUCCUUAUAACAGCUUUAUUACAGAUGUGGACUAUUUGCACCACAAGUUUCCAGGUACAUCUAUUGUGUUUGAUAUGAGUCUGACUUAUAUCCUUGUGGCCUUAGCUGCUGUUGUCCUUAAUAAUGCUACGGUGGAGCUUCUUACUACUCACACGAGGAUCACCGCUGGAUAUAUUUUUGCUUUGAGCCCAUUAAUAUUUAUUGGCAUCUGUGAUAUUUGGCUGGAACUCUUUACAUUCAAGCAGUCAUAUGCUGUUAAUCUUUUUGCUGUUGGCGUGGUGGCUUUUGGAUGCACAGUGCAGCAAUCCAGCUUUUAUGGCUAUGCUGGAAUGUUACCAAAGCGGUACACACAAGGUGUGAUGACAGGAGAAAGUACUGCAGGAGUAAUCAUCUCACUCAGCCGUAUCUUCACCAAGCUCUUGUUACCAGAUGAGAAAGAGAGCACUAUUAUCUUUUUUUUAAUUUCCAUCGCACUGGAGCUUUUCUGCUUUGUUCUGCAUGUACUAGUGAGAAGGACGCGUUUUGUUCAAUAUUAUACGAAUAAGAGCAUAGCUAAAAACAUGUUGAAGAAUCCAAUGGAACCCAGUUUCCGUUAUAAAGUGCAUCAAGAUACCUAUGUAGAAGAAGAGAGCAGAAGCACUGCAGUUGAAAAUAGCAUAGAGCUGCAGUCAGAUGUAGCAGCUAGAAAAACAUAUGUCAGGUUUGAUGUUCCAGUGCCCAAAGUAAAAAGCAACUGGCCCAGGUUUAGAGAUAUGAUAUUUCAUCGCUAUCAGGUGUUACAAGUAAUCUGGGCAUACAUGCUGUCUAUCUCUGUGACAUACUUCAUUACUCUGUGCCUUUUUCCUGGUUUGGAGUCAGAGAUCAGGAAUUGUACAAUGGGAGAGUGGCUUCCUAUUCUCAUCAUGGCGGUAUUCAACCUAUCAGACUUUGUAGGAAAGAUACUGGCGGCUGUGCCAUACAACUGGAGCGGUGUUAAUCUCCUCAUCUGUUCUAGCACUCGUGCUAUAUUUAUUCCACUUUUUAUAAUGUGUGUCUACCCAAGUGGGAAGCCAACGUUUAGUCACCCUGCCUGGCCAUGCAUCUUUUCUCUGCUCAUGGGAAUCACCAAUGGGUAUUUUGGCAGUGUACCUAUGAUUCUGGCAUCAGGACAAGUAGUGCCAGAACAAAGAGAACUGGCAGGAAACACCAUGACUGUUUCGUACAUGACUGGACUAAUGCUUGGGUCAGCUGUGGCUUAUUUUGCCUACAGUUUAUCUAGUACAUCCCAUAGUAUUUGCUUCCAACCAGAGACAUAUAACAGCUCAUUGCCUCCAGAGAUUUAAAAAUGUCAACCUCAAAGUUGGUUUGUUACUACUGAGACAUUGGCAAUAUUUAUUUUAAUUCUAAAACACAUUGUUGUUGUUGUUGUUGUUGUUGUUAUGACAAAUGCUGUUAUUGGACAUUUCACGAGUGUUGAACUUUUUGAUAAAGCCACGUUUGUGCAAGCACAUGCACUUGAUGGAAUAUCAAAUCUGACAACAUAUUUACAUGAGUAUACCACUUUUGUCAUUUUGCCAAAGCCUUUUUGUGUGGUUUAAUUUGAUAAAAGUCUGUGUUUUGUUCAUUUAUUGUUCUUUUCUUCUUUUCUUUAUAUGUAACACUUUUAAAACA